AUGUCUAGAAGAUUCGCUCCCAUGAUCGCCGCAGCUGGUGCCGCCGCAGCUGCCGUCGGCAUCUAUCGCAGCAGGCAAGGAAAGGCAGCCGACAGCCAAGAUGGAACUUCUCGCAAUCCAGCUCAUACCAAGCGCGACCUGGGCCUCGGAGGCGCUGGUGUCGGGGGCAACCAGGUGGUCGGUAGCGCUGAGCUGGGAGCUUCUCGUGGUCGCCCCGACCAAGAUCCCGAAGCAAAGACAGGAACAACGGCCUCACCGUCGGAGCUCCCAUCUGGGGGAGUCGGAGGAGGCGAAGGCGCAGGUGGGAGCAAUGCCCGACGAGUGCAGCUGCCCACAACUGGCAAGUCGCAAGACGCGACGGGGAACAUGAAGAGAACAGGCGUGUCCGAUACGAUGGAUUCCCUAGAGAACAGCGUGUCAUCGCUAGGGUCAUCGGCCUCUACGGAUCGGCCCGGGGUCUUGGGAACUAUAUCGGGAGCCUUUGGCCACGGUGGGAAGAGGGCAGCGGACAAGGCUGAGGAUUCGGUCGUCCACAAUACCAGAGACAUCAACUAA